AUAAAGUAAUAAAAGAAAUACCUUAAUCUAAACGUUAAUGGAGUCAUAGCAAUAGCAAUUUGUUUAUAUACAAUUUCAUAUGUAAAACUUCCGUGUGAUCUCUUGGUAUUUUCUAUUACCAGGUGAUUCGCCGGAAAAUUGCUGAUAAUCAAAUUCCGUCGUCCGAUUCCGAUUUUCCGAUUAUGUUAUAUGGCGAAGGGCCGGAAACUGACGACUAGCCGGAGCGAGAGGUUGCUCGGAAGCUACGGCGGGUACGGCCACAGCGAGACAUCCACAGGGACAGGGACGGAGUCAUCGGCGGAGCUCGGCGAGGAGGACAUCUGGUCGAUGGUCGAAGACGCGGCGGAGCGUGUAGACCACGCGGCGACGAACGGCUGCAGCGGCGGUGACGGUGGUAAUAUCUCGAUCAGGAACCGCGGCCGGAUCCACCGGGAUGACCGCCACGUGGGAGGGCUGUCGCUGGCGUUUGACUCGAGCAAAACGGCGUCGUCGAGGAUCGUCCACCAGUUCCGCGGAAACGACGGCGUUUCAUCGCCUCGGGGUGGGCGCCACAUGGCCACGUCGGCGCCGGUGAACGUUCCGGACUGGAGCAAGAUCCUCCGGGUCGACUCGGUCGACUCGCUGCCUGAGUUGGACGAAGAUUUUGGGGAUUACGGCGGCGACUCGGAGAUAGUCCCACCGCACGAGUACCUGGCGCGUGAGUACGCUCACAGCCGGAAGACGGCGGCGAACUCGGUUUUCGAGGGCGUGGGGCGGACGCUCAAGGGCCGGGACAUGAGCCGGGUUCGUGACGCGGUCUGGAGGCAGACCGGGUUCGAUGGUUGACGGUGUUUUAAUUAGGUUAGGAAAACAGGGUCUUAGCCUCUUUAAUUUGUUGUGAAAUAUGAAUUUUGUAACAGAUUGGGAUGGGAGGUUGGUUGGUUAAGGUUUGUUUGUUUCUGUUCAUUUUUUUUUUUUUUAGAGGAGUUUUUUUGGGCAAUGAUUCAGCUCAGCGACUCGGUUUAGAACGAGUUCACUCAGUAACAAAUGAGCCCAAUCAGGAUUCUGAAUCUUCCAACUCUAGAUUCUCUGCUGGGGGUGGGAUUUUGGGAAUUUGUAUUCCAAUCAAUUUAUGCUUCAUCACUUGAUAAUUUCACAACUGUAGAUAUAGUUGUAAUUCUCCUUAUUUCUGAGUUUGUUUUCCAAUUCAUGU